AAACAAAACAAAACCUACGAAAGCAAAACAAUGUAAAAGAAAAAACCCUAAACCCUGAAGCAAGAACAUAACGUGAGCUUAGCCAGAAAACAUGUCAACCUUGGAAGAAUCUGACGUUACCGGAAUCCGUCGCUACGAGCUCCGUCUCCUCCGUUGCACCCUCACUCCUUCACCGUCUCCGUCUUCAAAUUCCGAAUCACCCGAUGACCUCAUCAACAAGCUCUUGAGCUCAAUUGAGUGUGGAAACUAUGCUGAAGCACUCACCUCCCAAUCCAGUAAACUCAUCUUCCAGCUUAAUCUUGAAUCGCCGCCACCAAAUUCUUCCGGCGAACGGUUCUACUCCGAGUUUGUGGAUCGCGCUGAGUCUUUUAUAACAGACGCCACCGUUAGCACAGUUGAACAGACUCGCAGGGCUACUCUUGUGUUGUGUAUUGCUGUUGCUGCAUUUCUAGGGUUUACUCAAUGUAAUUUCACUGGGCCUUUGAAGGGGAAGGAGCUACCGAGAUUCCCUUUGUCUCUGGUUGAAUUAGAAUGUGCAGAAUGGGAUAUUUGGGCGCGUAAUUAUCUAAUGGCUGAUGGUUCUGACUUGCUUGGAAAGUUCUCGAAUCUUCAGUAUAUAGUUUUUUCUAAGAUGUUGCUUAUGAGGAUGAAAGAUUUAUCAGUUGAUAUUAGAAUUAGAAGCCUUACUUGGUGGCUUGGAAGGGUUUUGCUUCUUGAACAGAGAAUUUUGGAUGAGCGAUCUUCUACUCUUUUUGAUCUUUUGCAUGCUUAUAUGGGCGAAGCCUUACGACAAUUUGGCACUUCAGAAAAAGUUCAAAGUUAUUGGGAUGUUGGUUUGCGUGAUGGAGAGAGCUUGGCCAUUGUUUCCUUGCUUCAUUUAGAGGUUGGAAUUAUGGAAUAUGCAUAUGGACGAGUUGAUCCUUGUAGGACACAUUUUGAGUCAGCUGAGAUGGCAGCUGGGCUUCAGCUUUCAGUUACCGGGGUACUUGGUUUCCGUACCGUACAUCAGGCUGAACCAAAGGCACAAAUGGUACUUGUUACAAACACAAGUUCGUCAAACACUGGGGACAACGGCCCCUUAAUGGGAACUGGCAUCCAAACAUGUGAUGACAGCAAUGGUCGAAAUAAUUUGCAUCAGCAUCAAACCUCUGAAACAUCUGACAUACUGGUAAUACCGAAGUUGUUAGAAAAUGCUGAUGACUCUAAAACUAGGUCACAAGAUGUGGAAAAUGGUGCUGUCACUUCCAACAUGACAGCAACACAACAGGCUGUAGUUCUAGCAUACUGCCUUCUAAUCGAGAAGAGUUCCCGACAUGAUGAAUUGCAACGAUGGGAUAUGGCUCCUUACAUUGAGGCAAUUGAUUCCCAGCAUUACUCUUACUUCAUUAUACGUAGCUUCUGCGAUAUCUUGCGUAUUAGAUGGGAGUCAUUGCGCAGUCGAACAAAGGAGCGUGCAUUACUGAUGAUGGAUAACUUAGUGAAGCGUAUUUAUGAAUCUUCUCCAGCAACUGCAGAAAGAAUUCCCUUCAGUUGUGGUGUUUACAUGGCUAGUAUUCCCGCUUUGAGAAAAGAGUACGGGGAACUUUUGGUGCGUUGUGGCUUGAUAGGGGAGGCAAUAAAGGAGUUUGAAGAUUUAGAAUUAUGGGACAAUCUUAUACACUGCUACAGUCUCUUGGAGAAGAAAGCAACAGCUGUUGAACUCAUCAGGAAGCGUCUUUCAGAAAGACCAAAUGACCCUAGAUUAUGGUGCUCCUUGGGUGACAUUACCAAUAAUGAUGCAUGCUAUGAAAAAGCUCUGGAAGUUUCCAACAAUAGGUCUGCUAGAGCUAAGCGCUCUCUGGCCCGCAGUGCAUACAAUAGAGGAGAAUAUGAGACAUCUAAAGUUUUAUGGGAGUCUGCGAUGUCAAUGAACUCUAUGUUUCCAGAUGGUUGGUUUGCAUUUGGGGCUGCUGCAUUGAAGGCACGGGAUGUUGAAAAGGCUCUAGAUGCAUUUACUCGUGCUGUUCAGCUCGAUCCUGACAAUGGGGAAGCUUGGAAUAACAUAGCUUGCUUGCAUUUAAUCAAGAAAAAGAGCAAGGAGGCCUUUAUUGCAUUUAAAGAAGCCUUGAAGUUCAAACGAAACAGCUGGCAACUCUGGGAGAAUUACAGCCAUGUUGCUGUUGACGUUGGCAAUAUCAGUCAGGCACUGGAAGCCGCUCAGAUGGUGUUGGACAUUACUAAAAAUAAAAGAGUAGACACAGUUUUAUUGGAAAGAAUCACAAAUGAGGUGGAAAAGCGGCAUUCUACAAGUAAUUAUGUGCCUCCUGUGACAACUGAUAAUAAGCCUAAUACAGAUCAGUUCUGCAUUGUUGAUUCUGGAUCAGAACAUCAAGAGCAAGUAUCUGGAAGAUCGCGUGAAACUGAACAAUUAAUGUUGUCGCUUGGAAAUGUUUUACAGCAGAUAGUUAAAAACGGGAGUGGAUAUGGACCUGAAAUCUGGGGUUUAUAUGCUAAAUGGCACAGAAUUAAGGGAGAUCUCAUUAUGUGUUCUGAAGCCCUUUUGAAGCAAGUUCGAUCCUUCCAGGGUUCUGAUACUUGGAAUGACCGAGAUCGCUUCCAAAAGUUUGCAAAAGCAUCUUUAGAACUUUGCAAGGUGUACAUGGAAAUAUCGACAUCAACUGGCAGUAUCAAGGAAUUGUUUACCGCUGAGAUGCACUUGAAGAACAUUUGCAGACAGGCUCAGAGCUUCUCUGACACAGAAGAAUUCAAGGAUAUUCAGGCUUGCCUUGAUGAAGUGAAAAUUAAACUCCAAUCAAAUUCAAUGCCUAGCUAAAAUCUUGUUAAAGGUAUUAUGCAAUAUGUUUGUGAAACCGAAGUUUUGAGCUGAAAUCAGCAUACUGAAUCUGAUUAUCCCACUGAAGACUGAACUUGUUGUGGUGUAUGCCUCAUCCUGAAGUCAUCAUAGUGAGUCCAACCAAGUUUUGACCUGGAGUGUUAAGAAUGGCUAUGCAACUCCCUGAUUUCCGUCGAUGGACAUCUAAAGGUUGCCUUUCAAAAUGGACCGGCUUUGUAUCACUAUCGUUUAUUAUGUAUUCUAUAUACCGGCUUUGUAUCACUGUCGUUUAUUUUGCAUUCUAUAUAACAAAUAGCUGCCCAUAUCCAUCCCUCCGCGGGCCAAAAUGAUGCAGUAUUGUAGUGAUUUGAUUUGGCUUUCCCAUUUAGAAUUAUUGUGAAAUAAAAUUGUGCAACAGUUUAAAUUGAAGAGUUUUUUUACGGGCAAAUGUUAAUGUGUUAGUUAUUAGGUUA